CAUCUGUCUAGCCUGCCAGUUUUUUUCCACCCUCUCUCCUUCACUCUGUAAACUAAUCACUUCAAAUCUCUUCUGUAUGUCUUAGAUUUGGUGGAGUCUUACAGAUAAUAAAUACUCCAAGAUGAUGCGAUUACCAAGUAUUUCAACAUCUGUUACUCGGAGAUUGUGCAAGCUUUGUGUGAAGCAUUGCGCUAACUCACGAGCCAUGUCUCUACAAGGUUUUAAAGCUGUGAAUGAACCGAUUCUGUCUUACCUUCCUGGAAGUGAUGAACGGAUCAGAUUAGAGGCAGCACUUGAGAAACACCAAAAUCAACAAGUUGACAUACCACUUGUUGUUGGAGAUGAAGAGAUUCGAACAAAAGACGUUCAUUAUCAAGUUGCACCAUUUGAUCACCAGAAGAAACUUGCUAAAUAUUACUAUGCCAAUAGUGAUAUUAUUAAGAAGGCAAUUGAUGUCAGCCAGAAAGCCCGUCAUGAUUGGGCUCGUGUACCAUUUGAAGAAAAAAGUAAAAUCUUUCUAAAAGCUGCUGAUCUUAUUAGUAAUGAAUACCGAAUGGAUCUGAUGGCAUCAACCAUGCUGGGGCAGGGUAAAACCAUCAUACAGGCUGAAAUAGACUGUGCUGCUGAACUAGCAGACUUUUACAGGUUUAAUGUACAGUUCGGUCUGGAAAUGUUCAAGUACCAACCAAUCAGUCCAAGUGAUGUUGAAUUAAACAGAGUGCAAUAUCGUGGUACUGAGGGCUUUUGGGCUGCGAUAACCCCCUUCAACUUCACAGCCAUUGGAGCACAUUUACCUGUGGCACCUGCCAUUGUGGGAAACGUUUGCUUGUGGAAACCAUCAGACACUGCCAUGUUGUCUAACUGGAUAGCUUUCCAGAUCCUGCGAGAGGCUGGAGUACCACCAGGUGUUAUUAACUUUUUACCUGCUGAUGGCCCAGUAUUUGGAGAUACAAUCACCUCAUCCCCUUAUCUGUCUGGUAUCAACUUUACUGGAAGUGUGAAGACGUUCAAACAUCUAUGGAAGCAAGUUGCUGCCAAUUUGGAUACCUAUCAAAGUUACCCUCGGCUAAUUGGAGAAUGUGGUGGUAAGAAUUUCCAUUUUGCACAUCCUUCUGGUGACCUUGAUGCUGUAGUCAAUGGAUCCUUGCGCUCUGCAUUUGAAUAUGGUGGUCAGAAGUGUUCUGCUUGUUCUAGAAUAUAUCUGCCGGAAUCUAAAGCAGAUGAAGUUAAAGGAAGAAUGGCUGAAGAAAUCAAGAAGUUUAAAAUAGGCUCUCCUUUGGAGGCAGACAGUUUUUUCUCUGCUGUUAUUGAUGACAAGGCAUUUGAACGAAUCAAGGGCUAUAUUGAUUAUGCUCAGUCUUCGCCCAAAACAAAAAUUAUUGCUGGCGGGAAGUACGAUGACAGCAAAGGUUAUUACAUUGAACCAACCAUUGUGGAAGUUUCUGACCCUAAAGAUAGGCUAAUGCAGGAGGAAAUAUUUGGUCCAGUUUUGACCUUGUUUGUAUAUCCGGAUGCAGAAUAUAAAACAUAUGCCAAUUUAGUGAAUGACACAUCUCCCUUUGGACUUACUGGAGCAAUUUAUGCUCUAGACAGUGAAGCAUUAGACACAUUGAAUGACAUCUUCAGAGAUUCAGUCGGUAACUAUUACAUCAAUGAUAAAUCAACUGGAUCUAUUGUCGGUCAACAACCAUUUGGUGGAAGUCGGUUGUCAGGUACAAAUGACAAAGCUGGUGGGCCAUACUACCUCAUGAAAUUCGUUUCUAUACAAUCAAUCAAAGAAAGCAAAUCUCCACUUCAAACAUGGAAAUAUCCAUACAUGGGUUAAAACUUCAAUAUGUUGAUAAAUAUCUCAUAAAUUUCAGGCAGCUAUAAAACACGAAAAACUGGAAAAUGGAGAAAUACUCAAAUCAAAUGUAUUUUAAUAGUUCUUGAUUUUUUUUAAAUAUUUGUGUGUAUGUUUUAUGUGUGUGUGUGUUAAGUGGAAAUAGUGUUGUGUAGAUCUGAUUUUAGUCUAAACUAUAUAUUUAUAGUUCAGGAAAUUAUUGUAAUUCUAAGGUUGAGAAGAAACCUAUAAUUUAGUACAAAUUCCUUAUUCUAAAUUUAAUUUCCAAAUAAAAUAUUUGGAAGAAUUUUUUUCUAUUGUGGCUUGUUGGUUAUUGUUUUUCUUUCUUUUUGAAUCAAGUCAGAGCUUAAUUGUAUUAUUACAUUUAAUAUGUACCCAAAGACUUGGGUCUCAACCACAAUUUAAGGACACAAGCUUCAUUUUAGUUAAGAAGUCCUUAAGGUUUUUUUUUAUUUGUUCAUGUAGCCAUUUCCCAAACUUUUUUUGAAGUAUUUAUUAUAUAAGAAUUACUACAACAUUGUGAUUACUCAUGUGUGACUCUGGGCAUAUUCUUCCUUUUUCUACGAGAAGUUUGAUCUACCAAGUCACACACACACAUAGCAAUUUUGUUUUUGUAAUAAGAACAAACUCACAAAGGCACCUUCUGACUUGCUUGUGAAUUAAUAUUUAAGGUAAACCAUCAGAUUUGCUACAAUGAUCUGCUUUGACAAAUGGAACCACUUCUUAUCCAGUUCUUGCUUAACUUUGGGUUUAUCUUGUUAUAAGGUGCUAAUCUUGAAUGUAAGCAGGGAAUGGUGUAAUUAUUCCCAUGACUGCAUCAUGAGUAGAAUUCAUGGGUUAUGAAAUCCUUGUUUUUUACCAUUAUUUCUGUAAAACUAAAAUGUUUUUGGUGAUACUGAAACACUGGUUAUACAUAUCAUAAUAUAUUCAUAUAUAUCUGCAUAUAUUGUACGUAUAUAUAAUAUAUGAUGUAUAUAUGUGUAUUUGGAUAAGAGAAAAAGGCACUUAAUAUAUGUAGUAGAGAUUAUUUAUUUGAUCUUGAAUCUUCACUCUGUCGCUAUUCUGAAUUUCUCAUUGCUUUCAUAUUCUUCUAAGCGACUGCCAAAAUAUUCUGGUUUCGAAGGACAUCAGGGUUUUCGUUCAUUUGCUGUUGGCUCUGUAUAUGAAGAAACAGGCUAUUUGUUAGUAUCUACUAUUCGAGACUAGGUAGCACAUAAGUGUUUACCCCAUUGAUGGUAGGAGUGAAUUGCUGUCAGUUGUAUUUUGGUAUUGCCAAGUCCUGUUAUUAGAUGCUUAUUUUUGUAUCUAUAUUUUGACAUGACCUUUUUUUUUUUUUUAACCCACCAUCUCAAAAAUACUGCAUGACAAUAUAUUGCUCAAACAAGUAAAAUGGGAAACUUUUAGAUCUGUUGACAAAGAAAUACUGUUUAAAUGAGAAGAGAUUGUGCCAAAAUGUAGACACAAAAAUAGUAUCUUCUGAAGAACAUUCAAUUACAUGUAGAAGGAUUUAGCAUCAAAAUCAUACAUAGCAGUUAUAUAUCAAUGUAUUUUUAAAGUGAAAUCUUACUUGAGUAAAAAAGAAAAAAAUACAAGAUGUGGAAUAUUAGUACUUUGGUUUGGUACUGUAUUUCUUGGCAUGUCUUUUUAUAAUACUAUAGUCUGUUUAUUGUGAAGGAUUAAAAACAAACCCCUUCGCCUUCCCAAAAGAGAAUAGAUUUGGAAAGUGUUGUGUUCAGUUUAAUUAAUGAGAAAUUAGAUGACGUUAUAUACUUAAUCUUUUUUCCCAUCCAUUUUGUCUGCUACGUUGAUAAGAAAAAGAAAAAAUAAUCCAAUGGUAACUUUUUUCUUUUCGUGUUUUUACAUUGUGAAAUUACCAACUUUAAUGUGUCAAUUCUCUUGAUGUAUAUGUAUAUUUUGGUUGAAAACUGACUUACAUUUUCAAACAGUUUUGUCAUCAAAAUAUAUGUUUCAGUGAUUUCUAUUCAUUUAAAGUUUCCAGAAAACUCUUAAAGUGAAAGCCCUUCCUUGUCCAAAGAAUAUAACAGAACUGCUGGUAGUCAUUGGGAUCCAGUUUUGAUUUUCUGCUUCAGUAUGUUUCAGUUGUAAGCUUCACACUGUUAACUAUAACUACAAACUGUUUUAUAUAUACAAGCUUCUGGUUUCUAAUACAACUGACGUAUGAUUGUUAUUACAUGGAAAUAAUUGUGUUGGAUUUUAAAUGUUGAAAUGUAUUAUUAUAUUGUCUAAGUAAAUAGUACAUUUUUAUGGCAGCUACAUUGUUGAAUUCAAUCUUAUGAUUAUUGUAUUAGGUAGAACUCAUAUCUACUUCAGAAUUAAAGAUCCUUUUACUUAUGUAUUUUAGAUACUUUACAAACAAAAACAAAAAAAAAAAAAACAACAAAAAAUACUGACUGAAGAGGAAAAUGUUUAUAUUGGAAAUGUUUUAUAAAACUACAUUUUAAUACAGUGUCCUUGUACUAUUUCGGGUUGUGCAGAUCAUAUAAAUAUGUUUAAAAUAACUUCAGUUUUUGACUAGACAUCAUUCCAUUAACAGUCCUAAUGGAAAUAGCUAUGUAACAAAAUAUCUUUUGUUGCCAUUUCUGUCUAACUGUUGUAUUGUUUUUUAAUUAAGAUGUUAAAUGAUUCAGUUUAUAAAGCCGGCUAAACAAUCAUGAAAUUUAUUCCAAUUUUUGUGAUAGAUAUGCAUUUAGAAUUGUUUUGAUUAUUUUUAAAUGAAAAGGCAAAAUCCUUUUAUUAUAAUAGUUAUGUACUUAUUUAAAGUUAAGUCAUUUGUUAUAAGCUUUACUGAAUUUUUGAAACAUUUAUUAUAUAAAUUCAUUGAGAUUUAAUUACCAAAUCUAUUAUUUCUUAUCAGCUCUGAUAUAUUCUUCAGUCAUUCCAUCAUUUUUACACAUAGCAUUCUUAUGUGUUAUGUUACCACUCACAUUAUUAUACAAAUGACAAAAGGAAUUGGGAUUUGGAUUUGAAUCUCAGUGUUAAGAACUUGUUUCUGUAGAUUUACAGUACCUCACAAAAUACAGCAGUCAAAAGUGAUGGUGUAAAAACAAAGUAAAGAGUUAUUAAUCUCUGAUGAAUUCAGGUGCUACUACAGCAUAUUUGUUUGUUUUUUUUUUGUUAAAUUUAAAGGGAAAUUCAUUCUGUCCAAUUUGCAUUGGUAACAAACAUAUCAAGUCAUGUCUUAUCGUGAUUUACUCAUUAAUAAAAUAUUACAGUCUCUUUUAAAAAAUGAAAAACGGAUGUUUAAAAUUAAGAAUAUAAUUUUUCUGAGAGAAUCCACUUCAAAUUCAGUUAAAAUGUGAAUAGUACAUCUCAAUUUUCUUCACAGUUCAUUGCAAGAUCAUAAAAAGUGCUUGAUUCUUGCAUUAGGGGGCAACUCAACUGGUGUUCCAUUGUACAUCUGUAAGUUGCAAACGUGAUAAUACAAGUGAGCUAAUUCUAAGAGGGUAAAUCGCUGUUGCUGAAUGUGGUCUCUUAAGACAUGUGCCAUAGAUUUAACAUAAAAGUCCAUCCAAAACUUUUUUCUUGCUUAUAAAUAUCAGUGUGCUAUAUAUGUGAGGCUGAUAUCUAUUAAGUUCCCUCUCGUGCCUAUCUGUAAUAAAUAGUGUCCUACACACCUGAUUCUUCAUUCUUUUAAGUCCCCUCCCACACAUCUUUCACUGCUAAUAACGAACAGAAUAAACUCUUGUUAUAAAAGUGAUAGGCCACAUUGUUUUUGUCCAUUCCGUUUGUGUAUUUUCCCCUUGAAGGCACACACACAUGCUACAUCAGCAGUAUUUCAGUAGUCCUUAAAUUACUUUGAAUGCUGUGCUCCUGCAUACACCCAAAUAUAUAUAUAUAUAUAUACACACACACAACCAUAUGAGGUAACUUUAGUUAAGAGCCCAUGUUAUCAGUUAACUGUGAAUAAACUUUUUAGCAAAAUAUGGAAAACAUUGAGGAAUUAAUUGACCAUCUAGAACAAUGCUUUAAAUGAAUAGGAAUAAAAUAAAGGAUAAUUUUCCACUAUGAGAUAGUUUUGAUGAUACCAAUGGUAGCUACAAUUAUUUUGUUUAUUUUUCUUUUCAGUUUAAUAAGUUACAAAAUCUUAUUCCGUCUUGAUUAUGAGGUAAACAAAUGGAUUUUUAUAAAAUCCAUUUCUGUUUAGUUAUUUUUUUUUUAUAUUUGUAAUAUAAUUUCUUUAAUCUGGUUUACGGAAGACUACAAAAAAUUAUUUCUUUGUGGAAAAACCAAAAAUAUCAACCAAUAUUGUUUCAAAUCAAGCUGGUUGUAUUUAUUUGUAUUGGUGAAAUAAAAUAGUUACAGCCACUU